UAUAUGGCCAUAUGGCUAACACACCAUCAGUUAGCCUUUUUAGGGGCUCUGUUUAAGGAGGAUCCGCCUCUGAGGUUUCAUAGUCUGGCUGGUAUUUAUACCAAAGGCACAUCAGAACGCAGUCCCAGAGGAAAGGAACUCUUGUGUACUUGGUGCCUCUGAAUUCCAGCAUCUCUCAGCUCCGCCAUGUGUGAAGAGGAGACCACCGCCUUGGUCUGUGACAAUGGCUCCGGGCUGUGCAAGGCUGGCUUUGCUGGCGAUGACGCCCCACGCGCUGUCUUCCCAUCCAUAGUGGGUCGCCCUCGUCACCAGGGUGUGAUGGUGGGGAUGGGCCAGAAAGACAGCUACGUAGGGGACGAGGCUCAAAGCAAAAGAGGAAUCCUUACUCUCAAGUACCCCAUCGAACAUGGCAUCAUCACCAACUGGGACGACAUGGAGAAGAUCUGGCACCACUCUUUCUACAAUGAAUUACGAGUGGCUCCAGAAGAACACCCCACCCUUCUCACAGAAGCGCCCCUGAACCCCAAGGCGAACCGUGAGAAGAUGACCCAGAUCAUGUUUGAAACCUUUAACGUCCCCGCCAUGUACGUUGCAAUCCAAGCUGUGUUGUCCCUCUAUGCGUCUGGCCGUACUACUGGUAUCGUUCUGGACUCCGGGGAUGGUGUCACUCACAACGUCCCUAUCUAUGAAGGAUACGCUCUGCCCCACGCGAUCAUGCGUCUUGACCUGGCUGGUCGCGAUCUUACGGACUACCUCAUGAAGAUCCUCACGGAGAGAGGCUACUCUUUCGUCACCACUGCCGAACGAGAAAUCGUGCGUGACAUCAAGGAGAAGCUGUGCUACGUGGCCCUGGACUUCGAAAAUGAGAUGGCCACAGCUGCCUCUUCCUCCUCCCUAGAGAAGAGCUACGAGCUGCCUGACGGUCAGGUUAUCACCAUUGGCAACGAGCGUUUCCGUUGCCCGGAAACCCUCUUCCAACCGUCCUUCAUUGGCAUGGAGUCUGCUGGAAUUCAUGAGACCACCUACAACUCCAUCAUGAAGUGCGACAUCGACAUCCGUAAGGACCUGUACGCCAACAACGUCCUUUCCGGGGGCACCACCAUGUACCCUGGGAUCGCGGACAGGAUGCAAAAGGAAAUCACAGCCUUGGCUCCAAGCACAAUGAAGAUUAAAAUCAUCGCCCCCCCUGAACGUAAAUACUCUGUCUGGAUCGGAGGCUCCAUCCUGGCCUCUCUCUCCACCUUCCAGCAGAUGUGGAUCAGCAAACCGGAAUAUGAUGAGGCUGGCCCUUCCAUUGUCCACAGGAAGUGCUUCUAAGGACAGAGCGCCCGUUCUUCAGGACCUCGGGUGCUUCCCGGUUCCUUCUCUCCCUUUGCAAUUAUUUCUAACCAUUUAAAAAGCAUUAAAACUUUUUUUUCACGCCUUC